AUGGCUCAUCAGGGAGUUCUGCUGGACCAGGACCAGUUAUCUUGUUCUGUCUGUCUAGAUCUACUGAAGGAACCAGUCACCAUCCCCUGUGGACACAGUUACUGUAGGAGCUGUAUUGAGGGCUGCUGGGAUCAGGAUGUUCUGAAAGGGGUCUAUAGCUGUCCUCAGUGCAGAGAGACCUUCAUUCCAAGGCCUAAUCUGAGGAAAAAUAACAUGUUGGCUGAUAUGGUGGAGAAAAUGAGGAAGACAGGACUCCAGGCUGCUCCCCCUCCUGCUCUGUGCUAUGCUGGACCUGGAGAUGUGGCGUGUGAUUUCUGCACUGGGACCAGAAAGCAGAAAUCCCUCAUGUCCUGUCUGGUGUGUAUGGCCUCUUACUGUGAGACUCACCUCCAAUCUCACUAUGAAUCUCCUGCUUUGAAGAAGCACAAGCUGGUCAAAGCCACCGCACAACUACAGGAGAAGAUAUGCUCUCAUCAUGACAAACUGCUGGAGGUUUACUGUCGUACCGAUCAGCAGUGUAUCUGUUAUCUGUGUACAAUGGAUGAACAUAAAGGCCAUGAUACAGUGUCAGCUGCAGCAGAGAGGACUGAGAAACAGAGGCAGCUGGGGAUGAGUCAGCAGAAGGUCCAGCAGAGAUUCCAGGAGAGAGAGAAGGAGCUGAAGAAUCUCCAAAAAGCUGUGGAGUCUCUCAAGCGCUCUGCACAGGCAGCAGUGGAGGACAGUGAUCAGAUCUUUACUGAGCUGAUCCGCUCCAUUGAGAGAAGGAGCUCUGAGGUGAAGGAGCUGAUCAGAGCCCAAGAGAAGGCUCAAGUGAGUCAAGCUGAAGGACUCCUGGAGCAACUGAAGCAGGAGAUAGCUGAGCUGAGGAAGAGAAGCACUGAGCUGGAGCAGCUCUCACACACAGAGGAUCACAUCCAUUUCCUCCAGAGUUAUCACUCUCUCUCCAGUAUCAGUGUAUCUUCAGAUUUACCCAGCAUCGUUGUCCGUCCUCUUCAGUACUUUGGAGAUGUGAGUAAGACUGUGUCUGAACUGAGAGAGAAACUAGAAGACUUCCUUAAAGGAGAAUGGACCAAGAUCUCCACUACAGUGAAUAUAGUGGAUGUUGUACUGCCUCCAGAGCCCAAGACCAGAGAACAGUUGUUACAAUAUUCCUGUCAGCUCACACUGGACCCAAACACAGCACACACAAACCUCUCUCUGUCUGAAGGGAACAGAAAGGUGACCGAUACAGACCAAGUCCAACCAUAUCCUGACCAUCCAGACAGAUUCACAUACUACUGGCAGGUUCUGUGUAGAGAGGGUCUGUCUGGACGCUGUUACUGGGAGGUGGAGUGGACUGGUGAUGUUGAUACAGCAGUCUCAUAUAAAGACAUCAGCAGAACAGAGAGAGGGACAGAUGGUGGAUUUGGAGACAAUAACAAGUCCUGGAGAUUAGAGUACUAUAGAGGUGGUUAUUGGUUCAGACACAAUAAUGUUAAGACUAAAGUAUCAGGCCCUCAGUCCUCCAGAGUAGGAGUGUACCUGGAUCACAAGGCAGGUACUCUGUCCUUCUACAGUGUCUCUGACACAAUGACCCUCCUCCACAGAGUCCAGACCACAUUCACUCAGCCCCUCUAUCCUGGGUUUAGGAUCAAUGAUUAUAAUGGUACUGCUGAGCUGGUUAAACUGUAGUAGGGUCCACAUAGAUACUAGUCAUGCUGGUGGUGAUGGUCCCCAGAUGUGAUGAUUCAUUCUGCUCUGUUUUAUCUACAAUGAUUUAACUGAUUUGAUCUUCAGAAGAUGUUAUGAAUUCAAAUUCAAUGUUUUCAUAUUUUAGUAAUUGCAAUGUUUUAAUCUUGUACAUUUCCAUGAAUCAUGAUGUCUGGUGUUGAUGUAUAUUGGUUGUCAUUCAGAACCAUUGAUAUGUUUUCUCAGUUGGUUCUCUGUCUCUAUGUAAUUCUCCUCAGUAUCAUUGAUCAGCUUGUUGGUUCUAAUUGAUGUGUUCUCUGUCACCUGGAGCUGCAUGGAAAAUGGUCCAGGAACUAAAGGACAAUUCAGGACUAGUCAGCCCACUACAAGCUGGUAUCACUUACUUUCUACUAAACUAUAUGGACUGGUUUCCCAGACACAGAUUAAUCCUAGUCCUGGACUAAAAAGUAUGUUCAAUGUAGAUGUCCAGGAAACCGGCCCUAAAUGUGUCAUCUUUCAUCCUCCCAUACUGCUCAGUCCAGCAACAUGAAACCUGUCCAGCAGGUGGUGCUAUUGACCAAACAAUAAAACCAGCAGAUAUCUUGACUUGCCACUCAGUAUAUCAGUAAUGUUCAGAAAAGUACUUUAAUAUCAUUGGAGAUUGAUGGUCUUUUUAAUCCACUAUCCAGAGUCAGGAACAGAUGAAGUUAGGUCUGCUACUGUUCAGUGAUUAAAUAUGAUUUAUGGUGAUGGGAAAUAAUAAAAAACACUAAACUUCA